AUGCUGGAUGAUCUUGAUCCACGACCUAUUUUUGUCGAUGCGGGCUCUUUACACUCUUGCUGGUGUAAUACUGCGGCUCUGAAAGAGCUUGAGGUUGAUGAUAUGCCGGAUCCAGCUGGUGGCAAGAUUUAUCGUGACGCGGAUGGAAGGCCAUCAGGGCUGUUGGAUGAAGGCGCCAUGAUGUCAAUCAUUUGGCCAUUCCAAGCAAAGUCGUCACCAAAGUAUGAACGAAUAGAGGCAAUUCGCGCAGCCGUGAAAGAGUACAACGCAGCUGGAUACACAGGCGCGGUCGAAAUGGCCAUGGAUGAAGAAGCAUGGGAUGCUCUCGUAACUCUCAAAGAAACAGAACCCAAUCUAUCGCUACGAAUAGCAGCUCACUGGCUCAUCAAACCAACCGCUGACCUUGAACAAAACUCCAAACAAGUGCAGCGUGCUAUCGAACUGAGCAAGCAGUACAACUCAACAACAAGUCCUGAUCUUCGACUUGUCGGAAUCAAGGUCAUCACCGACGGUAUUAUCGACGCAUGCACUGCCUAUCUUUCUGAGCCGUAUGCUACUGCAGGAAACCCACCGCCUAUAUGGGAGCCUGAGUUCCUCGAACCGGUGGUCAAAGAGGCUGAUGCUGGUGGUUUACAAGUUGCUUUGCACGCUAUUGGGGACGGAGCUGUAAGAAUGGCCAUCGAUGCUAUUGAGAAGCAUGCUACACCAGGUCGAAGGCACAGAGUCGAGCACUUGGAGAUUGUUUCCCCAGAAGACGCCAAGAGGCUUGGAAAGCUUGGUUUAACAGCAUCCAUCCAGCCCAUACAUGCAGACCCAACAGCCUUGACAACCUGGCCCGAACUCAUUGGAGAGGAGCGAUAUGAGAGAGCGUUUGCGUAUCGAGAGUUUGCUGAUGCAGGUGCCUUGAUGGCGAUUGGUACUGAUAGCCCUACAUCACCGUGGUCGCCUAUGCAUAAUUUCCAUGUGGCUAUCAACAGGCAGUCUUCCAAGAACCCGGAGAACCCCGAGAUAGUGCAUGAGCACUUUAGUUUAGGUUUGUGUGAGACCUUUGUCGCGGGUACAGAAGGUGCAGCCCGAAGUGUAUUUGCUGAAGAUCGUGUUGGAAGCUUGACACCUGGAAAAUUGGCUGACUUUAUUGUUGUUGAUAUGGAGUGGGAUCCGAAGACGCUACUCAAGGCUGAGGUGAAGGAGACUUGGUUUGGAGGAUCUCGGGUAUUUUAA